CUGUCCCCUCUGCAGGGCUGUGGGGUCUGUACUACCCUGUGCCCUCUGCAGGGCUGUUGCUGGGAGCAGACUCAUGUGGCACCUUGCAGCACCAGGGGAGCAGCACUCCCUGCUUGUUCCUUUCUUUGACGUUAAUCCUUGGCUGGAGGGGAAGCUCGAGAAGUCUGCACCAAGUACUUGUGAAGGGCUUUAUCUCCAGGGUGACAGCAGAAUAAGUGCCCAAACUGUGAUCUUCCCCCUUGAUGGGGCUGACCAACACCCUCCCGUAAAACCUAUACUGCUUUCUGGCCUGCUGCUGGGAGGAGCUAAUCCUGCCUGGGUGCAGUUGCUUCCAAAGAGCUGGUGAGUGGCUGCCUCUAGCAGGCAGUAGUUUACUUAUCCUUCAGCUUCUGCCUAUGUCCUCCUCUUCCAUCCCAGCCCCUCAUAUGCCGUCAGUGACUCUGAGCCCGGAGCACCAGGAGAACUCUCCUGCCUCUGCCCAGGGGAGUUUGUCCUGCAGAGCAGUGUCCUGUCUUGUAACCCCUGAGAGGGACAUGACGUUCCAGGGUGGGACGAGCUCCUGAGACUGUUGAUGGUUUUCCUGCAUUUUCCAUGUGCUAUGAACCAGGCCCAGCUGUGCUCUGUGACCAUGGUGUGACUCCGUGGCCUGAGCAGUCACACAGGGCUGGACCAUGUCACUAAACAGAGCCACUGAAGGUCCUUGCAGGUGUCUGUAUGUCCCCUCGUUCUGAGCCAGCACUAGACCCCACUCUUAAGACUGGCGGCCUGUGUUAAAAUGUCAGCAGUAAUGCUCUUCCCUCCCUUUCAAACUGCCUGUCAGACCUGCCCGGAGCGAGAUCAGGGCUCAGCUGCCCCAUUCAGACUGGGCAUUACUGGGCCAUGUUUGGGUAGAACCAGUGGAGCCACAGCAGCAGUGAGCAGAGGGUUGUCCUGGUGUCCCCUGGGUCCGACUCUGGCCCACAGCCUGAGUGAGCCUCGGGCUUCACUUCAAACCCUGCCCAGGCUGGAAGGUGAAGGCAGUUGUCAAACUGAAGCCAGGAGAUGUUUGUGUCUCAGAAUCCCAAUGGCUUUGGGAAAACUGGUGGCCUGUGUUCAGGGGGUGCCCAAAGGUCAGCAGAAGAUGGUGGGUUGGGGCCAGAGUGCGGGAGCAUGUGGCACAUGCCCGGCCUGGACCGAGGUGGCCAUCACCUCAGCAUUGAACCUCAGCAUUUCCCUUCUGCCCCAAGUCCUCCCUCCUCUUGCUGUUGCUGUCUCUCAGGGUGCCUCAGCCUCCUCCACAGGGCCACUUGGCCCGUAGCCACCUCUCCUCAGGCUCUCCCUGCAUGAGCUGCUGCCAAAAAUCACACCUCACUGGCUGCAAAGCCCAAGAGGCCGUGGAACCCACUGCCUGCAGCUGCAGCCUGAGGCCAGGCCCGGGCAGAGUUGUCGCCUGGCAACGGGAGACGCUGAACACGGACAGCCACAGGCUGCAUUCAGUGGUGAGGCAGAGGAGGAGGAAGGCUACCUGCUGGCUAUCCCUCCCUCCCACCACCCUCCAGGCCCCUCGGGCAGAAGGGCUCCCAGUUCCCCCAGGCCAGGCUCCAUGGUUAUGGAGAGAACAACAGCCAUGGCCACACUCAGCCUGUCCCAGCUGCUGGACGUCGCCAUCGGGACUCCUGAGGUCGGAGCCGUCAACUUCCCAGCACUGCACAGGCUGCUGCAGGCCGUGCUGGGACACCUGGGCCUGAGGGACGUGCCUGCCCAGGAGCAGCUGGGAGAGGAUCUGCAGAAGAGGGGAGACAGGACCCAGGAUACGAAGCACCAGCCCCAGGAGAUGGGGGAGCAGCAACCGGAGAAGGACCCACUGGAGGAGACCAUCCUCGGCUCCCAGGUCACCGUGGUGGUUACUGAGGAGAAUGGUGGGAGCCAGUCUGCCCUGGCCAAGCCCCUCACUUCAGACCUGGACCCCCCAGGUGAGGAGGGAUCAGCACUGGGGCUGAAGGUACCAGAGACACAGCUGGCACCCAGGAGCAGCCAAGGGAGCAGCCAGGACACUCCAGGGAUACAGCCUGGCUUCUUGGGCCUACAAGCAGAGAUGCAGGGAGCACCGGUGACCCCUGAGAAGUGGGCAGGCAUUCCCUCAGAUCAGACAAGAGCUUCUGAUGGCAGAGCCAGCACCUCAGAGACACAGCUAGGGUCCCCUGGCAUCCAGACCAACACCCAAUGGAAGCAGCUACAACUUCCAGGAGGAGAAGCUGGGGUUCAGCCAAGCCUCCCAGGCACGGAGCCCAGCCUUCCUGGUGCUGAGGAAGUCCCUGCUGAAGCCACCCCCAGUGUUCUGGGGAUACAGAUGGAUGCCACAAGCCCCAGGGAGGGAGACCAGGCUUUGCCCAGCACACAGCUUGUCUGGGCAGGCCAGCCAGCAGCAGACACCCUCUCACAGGCAGCACAAGGGAUCCAGAUACCCCCUGAACCGCCUGUGUCCCAAGAGUCCUCAGCCUCCAGCAGCAUCCCUGAGACAGCAGAGGCUCUGCAGCAGCUCAGGGAGCUCAGACACCUCUACAUUGCCCUGAAGGAGCAGGUGGCCCAGCUGGAAGCCAGAAAGUGUGACCUGUCUGAGCUGGAGAAGCUGCAAAUGCUCUUGGCAGAGAGAGACCUGGAGAGUAUCACUAGUGUCCUGGCUGAGCUGCAAGACCGAGUGUCGUCCCUGCAGGGCCUGGGCAGCGAGCUGCAGGGCAAGGAGGGGAAGAUCAGGCAGCUGGAGAACACCCUUGGAAAGCUGGAGUUGACUGGAGCUGACUGGAAAUCAGAUGACAGGAACCAGAUCACUCUGCAAGUCGGUUCCACACUGUGGGAGAUAAAGCAGGAGCUGAGGGAGCUGGGAGAGCAGCAGGAGAUGACCAAGGCCACGCUGGAGCAGUCAUUGGCCACGGUGGCUGAGCAGCUGCAGGGGCAGCUGGACAAGCUGAGGGCGAUGGUGGAGAGCACAGGGCAGGAGCAGGCAGAGGCGCAUGCAGCGUGUCCCAUCUGCAGCACAGGCACCGGCACACAGCUGCUGCAGCAGCUCCUCCAGAGCUACGAGGAGCCCCAGGGGCUGGUGGGCUCCUUCAUGUCACAGCAGGCAGUGGGCAAGAUGCUGAAUCACCUGCCAGGGAGGAGCCAGCAGGACGAGGAGCUGCUGAGGCGCAUCCAGGACACAAUUGUGCAGGUGCAGGGGGACUACCAGAAGCUCUGCUCUGUCACAUGGAACCUCCUGGAUGACCAUCACCAGAAGCAGAAGGAGAUGGAGGCUCUGUUUGAGUCCCUGGAGAGGCUGGAGAAUGAGAAGGUGGACAAGGAGGACGUAAUGCUGGGACUUGACAUGAAAGCGUACAAAACCGCCCUGGCCAGCAAGGUGAGUCACACACAGUUUGACACAAGCAUGGAGCGGCUGAACGAGGCGAUGCAGGAGAUGCUGAGGCGGGUGACGGGCCAGGAGCAGGGCUGGCAGCAGCUCCGGGAACAGCUCCAGCAGCUCCAGGAGCAGCUCCAGGAGCAGCUCCAGGAACAGCUCCAGGAGCAGCUCCAGCAGCUCGUCAGCACAGAGUUGCAGUCCAAGCUCCGUGGGGACCUGGAGCUCCAUGCAGGGAUGGAGGAGAAUGCCGCCGCGGGCAUGAGCAAGCAGCUCACGGCCCAUUUCCACUGUCUGUCCUGCGCCCGGCCCUUGAACACGCCCGUACCCGGCCCGCACAUCGUGACCAUCCCCUCCGGGACGCCGCUGCCCCCUGGCCCCCGCAGGCAUCCCAGUACUACCCCCGAGCCCGAGCACACACAGCAGCACGGCCGCAGGGAGCCGGCGGCCGAGCACAGGUACCCCCGUGUGCCGCGGCAGUGCGGCGGCCGACACACCGUCACCCAGUCGCUGCACCCCCCACAACUGCCCCGGCUGCAGCGCCGCGCCCCAUGGAACACCGAGAUUUUACCCAAGCCUGUCAAGUUUCUCCAAAGAGAAUCUUUAACCAUGUUCAUGGAGUUCCAUCUUCCCGACCCACUUCAAGUUUUGACGUGUGGACGGUGUUUUUAUUAUAGUCCUUCGCUGUCAUAGACGGGCUUAGAGCUGGCCUGGCCCACAGUAAAUGCCUGAAUUCGACUUGUCCCAUUUCUGGCCAAUGCCAUUCUACAGAUACUGUGAAGAAUACACUUGAUCCAAGAUGGAAUCAGCAUUAUGACCUAUAUAUUGGGAAGUCGGAUUCAAUUACAAUCAGUGUGUGGAACCACAAGAAAAUUAAUAAAAAACAGGGAGCUGGUUUUCUGGGUUGUGUGAGACUUCUUUCAGAUACAAUCAACCGCCUUAAAGACACUGGUUUUCAGAGACUGGAUCUGUGCAAGCUUGGUCCAAACGACAAUGAUACUGUUAGAGGACAGAUAGUAGUAAGCCUUCAGUCCAGAGACCAAAUAGGCACAGGAGGACAAGUCGUGGAUUGCAGUCGGUUAUUUGAUAAUGAUUUACCAGAUGGGUGGGAGGAGCGGAGGACUGCUUCUGGAAGGAUCCAGUAUUUAAAUCACAUUAUACGAACAACUCAGUGGGAGCGACCAACACGGCCAGCAUCAGAAUACUCCAGUCCAGGCAGACCCCUGAGCUGUUUUGUGGAUGAGAACACUCCGAUUACAGGGACGAACGGUGCAACUUGCGGGCAGACGUCAGAUCCCCGGCUGUCAGAGAGGAGAGUCAGGUCGCAGAGGCACAGAAAUUACAUGAGCAGGACACACUUGCACACUCCUCCUGAUUUACCUGAGGGAGAUGAGCAAAGGACGACUCAGCAGGGUCAGGUCUACUUUCUACAUACUCAGACUGGUGUUAGCACGUGGCAUGAUCCAAGAGUACCUCGGGAUCUUAGCAACAUCCUUCUCCCAGGCCGUGGCUCUGUCCCAGGAUGUGCUCACGCAGAUCGGUGGGAUACAGGCGGCGCAGUCCCGCAUGGGCGAGGAGAUCCGGGCGCUGCAGGUGAGCUGCUGCCGCUGCCCCGGGUGGCCGCUGGGCCCUCCCCUGUCCCUCCCCUCGGCCCGUGCCCUCGCUCCCCCUCCCUGCCCCACAGCCCUGGGGCUCGCCCCACGGGAAGGGCACCAGGAGGGCAGAGCCAGCCGUGUAUCCCAACAGGACCACGAGCACCCCGGGAGAGGAACCAGUAGAGCCCAUCUCUCUGCAUCGGGGCAAGGUCCCCAGCAUUGCUGUAGGUCCCAUCUUCUUCCCAGCUAAGCAGUGCUGGGAAGAUCCUGGGGCUGCAGGCUCAUCCCUUGAUCCUUUUCUUCCCCAGGAAAGGCUGGAGCAGCUGGAGAGGAGGAGUCCCGGCGGUUCCACCUUAUAACUUUCCGGUCUCUUUUGCUUUCCUUUUUUCUUUCACUGCUCAGUUGUAGUUAUAAUAAAUGAGUUUUAAUUCUGUU